UAAAGAUAGCCGCCUCACACGAUAUUAACAGGAGAAGUAAAUCAGCGACUGCAGAAAGCGCGCAUUGGAUAGAUUAUGGUCAUGACGAAAAAAAAUGUGCCGCUCAAUCCAUUGCAUGAAAGUCGAGAAUGGAGAAUCGCUGGUUUCAAGAGCGACAUUAAACUGUACGUUGGGAGGGGCUUUCAAGGGGUUAUUGCCACUGGUGAAUCACUAGGAAAUUCAGAAGCCACAUUCUUGACGUGUGCUCGUUCCACAUCACGAGAUAUGAUUGCUAUCAUGAAUUCGAAUAAUCCCUAUAAAAUGCCUUGGGUAGUGAUCCACUUCGCAUUGAAAAUCUUGGGAUGCCUGCGCUACUCCUAA